AUCUCUAAGUAAACACUAGGCGUCGCUGUAUUUCUCUGAGCUGUGGCGAAUGACGCUUCACACGCUCUAAUACGGAAUUCCCAAUCAUUUCCAGUCAUACACAGACACAGUGUAGGGCCUCAACCUCAUCCAGCUCGACGUUAGAAACGGGUACAGAUACUGUACGGAAGUGUUUGGACGCUGCUGUAACCCUAGACCAGCCUGCAGCACCAUCUGUGAAGUGUAGCGGUACUCAUCCCUGAACUGAUCCUGUCUGAAUGCUCUCCAGCAUGGUGGACUACAUGUGAAGCAGCAGUGUUCUGGAGCAGAACGGGGAGAAGAGAGGAUUUAUCUGACACGAGCAGACCGGCACAGAGACAAUGUCAUCCAACAGGGGCCAGAACACCCACGGGCUCAAACAGAUUGGGCUGGACCAGAUCUGGGAUGACCUGAGAGCAGGAAUACAGCAGGUCUAUACACGCCAGAGCAUGGCUAAGUCACGCUACAUGGAACUCUAUACACAUGUGUAUAACUACUGUACCAGUGUGCACCAGUCCAACCAGGCCAGGGGUGCUGGCAUCCCCCCUUCCAAACCCUCCAAGAAAACUCCCACACCUGGUGGGGCUCAGUUUGUCGGACUAGAACUCUACAAAAGACUCAAAGAGUUUCUGAGGAGCUACCUGACAAACCUUCUCAAGGAUGGAGAGGACCUGAUGGAUGAGAGCGUUCUGAAGUUCUACACACAGCAGUGGGAGGACUAUCGCUUCUCCAGUAAAGUGUUAAACGGGAUCUGUGCUUACCUCAACAGACACUGGGUGCGCCGAGAGUGUGAUGAGGGACGGAAAGGAAUUUAUGAAAUCUACUCUCUUGCUUUGGUCACAUGGAGAGAGUGUUUAUUUAGACCUCUAAACAAGCAGGUGACAAAUGCUGUGUUAAAACUCAUUGAGAAGGAGAGAAAUGGUGAGACUAUUAACACCAGACUCAUCAGUGGAGUGGUGCAGUCCUAUGUUGAGUUGGGCUUGAAUGAGGACGAUGCAUUUGUGAAGGGGCCGACAUUAUCAGUAUACAAGGAGUACUUUGAGACGCAGUUUUUGGCAGACACCGAGCGCUUCUAUACACGGGAAAGCACAGAGUUCCUCCAGCAAAACCCUGUUACCGAAUACAUGAAAAAGGCAGAGGCACGGUUGCUGGAGGAGCAGCGGCGGGUACAGGUGUAUCUCCACGAGAGCACACAAGACGAGCUGGCUCGCAAGUGUGAGCAGGUCCUUAUUGAGAAACACCUGGAGAUCUUCCACACAGAGUUCCAGAACCUUCUAGACGCUGAUAAGAAUGAAGAUCUCGGUCGGAUGUACAACCUUGUUUCCCGGAUCACGGACGGAUUGGGCGAGCUCAAGAAACUCUUGGAGUCACACAUUCAUAAUCAAGGACUGGCAGCCAUCGAGAAAUGCGGAGAUUCAGCACUCAAUGAUCCCAAAAUAUACGUGCAGACAAUCUUGGAUGUCCACAAGAAAUACAAUGCUCUCGUCAUGUCUGCAUUCAAUAAUGAUGCUGGGUUUGUGGCGGCACUCGAUAAGGCCUGUGGAAGAUUCAUUAAUAAUAAUGCGGUAACAAGGAUGGCACAGUCCUCCAGCAAAUCCCCUGAGCUUCUGGCCAGAUACUGUGACUCCUUACUGAAGAAGAGUUCAAAGAAUCCAGAGGAGGCUGAGCUAGAAGAUACUCUCAACCAAGUGAUGGUGGUUUUCAAGUAUAUUGAGGAUAAAGACGUGUUCCAGAAGUUCUAUGCCAAGAUGCUGGCCAAAAGACUGGUGCACCAGAACAGUGCCAGCGACGAUGCCGAGGCCAGUAUGAUCUCCAAACUGAAGCAAGCAUGUGGUUUCGAGUACACCUCCAAACUCCAGCGCAUGUUCCAGGACAUCGGUGUCAGCAAAGACUUGAAUGAGCAAUUCAAAAAGCACCUAUCCAACUCGGAGCCUUUGGACUUGGAUUUCAGUAUCCAGGUUCUGAGCUCUGGCUCAUGGCCGUUCCAGCAGUCUUGCACAUUCGCUUUACCAUCUGAGUUGGAGCGGAGUUACCAAAGAUUUACAGCUUUUUAUGGAAGUAGACACAGCGGCCGGAAGUUGACAUGGCUUUACCAUCUAUCCAAAGGAGAGCUGGUCACCAACUGCUUCAAGAACAGAUACACUCUGCAGGCCUCCACCUUCCAGAUGGCCAUCCUGCUCCAGUUCAACACAGAGAACAGCUACACCGUCCAGCAACUGUCCGACAGCACACAGAUCAAAACAGAUAUUUUGGUUCAGGUCUUGCAAAUCCUGUUAAAAUCAAAGUUGCUGGUCUUGGAGGAUGAGAAUGCAAACAUAGAUGAAAUGGAUUUCAAGCCUGAUACAUUAAUCAAACUUUUCUUGGGCUAUAAGAAUAAGAAGUUACGGGUGAACAUCAAUGUGCCAAUGAAGACAGAGCAGAAACAAGAGCAGGAGACGACACAUAAGAACAUUGAGGAAGACAGGAAGCUCCUCAUACAGGCAGCUAUCGUGAGAAUCAUGAAGAUGAGGAAAGUUUUGAAGCACCAGCAGCUUUUGGCAGAAGUGCUGAACCAACUUUCUUCACGAUUCAAACCUCGUGUUCCUGUCAUAAAGAAAUGCAUUGACAUUUUGAUAGAGAAGGAAUACCUGGAACGUGUGGAUGGGGAAAAAGACACUUACAGUUACUUGGCAUAAAAAUGUCCUCAGAAGUUUGAUGUCCUUCCUUAGAUAUUUGUCUGAUGUUUUGAGGAAUAUCAACACAAAGUGGGCACAGACAGAGGAUUCUCUUAUCAAGAUCUCAAGUCCUUGUUGCCAAGUAGGACAAUUUGACACUGGACUUUUCCCUUUAAACCUAGACUGCUAAAGCGACCAGUCUUUGUCUUUAAGCCCUUAAGCUGCUCAGGAUUGCCAUUUACUUUUUAAUGUGUAAAUACUGGACAUUGAACUAUACUCAUAGUGGGACCCAGAGUCAGGGUUGCAUGCCAUUGCCUAUCAUUAUGAAAAGACAAAAAGCUGAUUAAUUUAAUUGUGAUUACAGUGACUUUUGGAAAACUGACAGAUGGGUUUCAGACAAAUACCUAUAACUAAAAGGAUACGUUUCAGCAGCACUCUGACUAUAAUCAUGUCUGACUGGCUGGUUAGAGUUGCAUUGUUACCAGCCAUGACAACACCAUUUGUAUAGUGCAGUUCAUUUUAUAAAUGUCAUGAAAUAAACUUAAUUUUUCUUUAUGCUU